AUGCUCUCUGAGAUUAGCCUGGUGCUGCCAAGGGCACCUGGUUUCUCCUUCUCUGCACUAAGGAUGGGUGAGAUGUUCAACCACAGCAGGUCCUCUAAUCGCUCUCUCCUGGACAAGGACAGGUUCAGCAGCCUGGAGGACAUCGAUGUGACGGCGGACGGUAGCCCGGUGCUCAGGAUCAUCAUCUCCAGCGUGUACUCGGUGGUUUGUGCUGUCGGCUUGGUGGGGAAUUUACUUGUCUUCCUCUUGAUGAAGGUGAGACAAGGGAGAAAGAGGUCAACCGUGAACUUCUUCAUCGUGAACCUGGCCGUGACGGACUUCCAGUUUGUGCUCACUCUGCCCUUCUGGGCCGUGGACACGGCUUUGGACUUCAGCUGGCCCUUCGGAGACGCCAUGUGUCGGAUCGUCCUGUCUGUCACGGUCAUGAACAUGUACGCCAGCGUGUUCUUCCUCACGGCCAUGAGCGCCACCCGUUACUGGUCGGUGGCGUCGGGCCUCAGGAAGCAGUCGCCACGGGUGUCCUGCUCGGUGCGCUGGGUGAGCGCUCUGCUGUGGGUGUGCGCGACCCUGGCGACGGCGCCCACGGCUGUCUUCUCCACGGUCACCAACGUGGCUGGGGAGAAGCUCUGCCUGCUCAAGUUCCCCGAUGGGCAGCACUGGCUUGCCCUGUACCACCUGCAGAAGAUUCUGGUGGCGUUCGUCAUGCCCAUGUUCAUCGUGUCCCUGUGCUACCUGCUGCUCCUGCGCUUCAUCAGUCGCCGAGUCAUGAACAACAACCGGCCCAAGAGGACCUCCAGGGUGACCAGGUCCGUCACCAUCCUGGUCCUCUCCUUCUUCCUCUGCUGGAUGCCCAACCAUGCCAUCACCUUCUGGGGUGUCCUGGUCAAGCUCAACGUGGUCUACUGGGAUAAAACGUACUACAUGGUUCACACGUACGUGUUCCCCGUCACCGUGUGCCUGGCGCACACCAACAGCUGCCUGAACCCUGUGCUCUACUGCCUCAUGCGCAGGGAGUUCAGGAAGAUGCUCAAGGAGCUCUUCUGGAGGAUGUCUUCACCAACCACGUCCCACAGCUGCCAGAUACGUCCCUUUUCGGGGACCCUGAGAGCAGAGCAGGACGACACUCACACUGUCGUUCCUCUGGACACGUUUGGCACCGACCGCAGUGGACCGUCCGCUCCCAUCCGCCAAGCUGCAGCCUCGAUGAACUAA